CUCACAUUUGGAAUAAACAAGGGGCGAUCAAAAUUUAAGUUCGUCAAAUUAAACCGAACUCCCGUGAUGAUCGCCAUUGGAAUAGACCUGGGUACCACGUGUUCCUGCGUAGCCGUAUUUCGAAAUGGCAACGUGGAAGUAAUUCCCAACGAUUAUGGGAAACGGGUUACGCCAAGUUUCGUUGCUUUCUGCGGGUCGGAGAUAUUGCUGGGCGAUUCAGCCCGGGACCAGGCGGCGCACAAUCCGAAAAACACGAUCUACGAUGCCAAACGGAUGAUGGGCAGACGGUGUGAUGAUCCGAAAAUAAGAAACGACUUGAACCAGUGGCCGUUCGAGGUGGUAAAUCAGCAAGGCAAUUUACUCAUAGCUGUUGAUUUUCGGGCGAAGCGGAAGUUGUUUACGCCGGAAGAGAUCAGUGCUUUGAUUUUGGGGAAAUUGCGACAGAUGGCUGAACUUUACCUGGAUGAACAAAUAAAGGAUGCAGUAAUCACAGUUCCAGCACAUUUUAACGAUGCCCAACGGAAAGCUACGAAAGAUGCAGGAGCGAUCGCUGGCCUUCAUGUAAUGAGGAUACUCAACGAACCAACUGCCGCUGCUCUGGCCUAUGGGUUGGACAAAAAUUUUCAAGCAGAAAGAAACGUGCUGAUAUUUGAUUUGGGAGGCGGAACUUUCGACGUUUCUAUUUUGACCAUUGAAGAAGGUUCUGUAUUUGAGACACUAGCAACAGCAGGAAAUCCACACUUGGGAGGAGUCGACUUUGACAUGCGAUUGGUUAAGCAUUUGGUCAAAGAGUUUUAUAAAAAUCAUGAUAUAGAUAUCAGAUCAAACCCCAAAGCCGUUAGGAGGCUACGAGCUGCAGCUGAAUUGGCGAAACAUACCCUGUCUACGACGAUCGAGGCCAUCAUAGAUAUACCCUCUCUAGUGGACGGUGUCGAUUUUGUAACGAAAAUAUCCAGGGAACGGUUUGAAGAAUUGUGCUCGGAUUUAUUUCAAAUGACUACUGAACCUAUGGAAAAAGCUCUUAUAGAUGCAAAGAUGACUCGAGAAACCAUCCAAGACAUUGUUAUGGUUGGAGGUUCAUCCCGUAUUCCCAAAAUUCAGUCCAUAGUGAGAGAAUUUUUCGGAAGAAAACAACUCUACAAUUCAAUACACCCUAACGAGGCUGUAGCCUAUGGAGCUGCUGUACAGGCCGCAAUUUUAAGUGAAUAUAGGGAUUCGAAGAUACAACAACUCCUUUUGGUAGAUGUGACGCCGUUAUCACUCGGCAUACAAACAGCAGGUGGAAUCAUGACAAAUGUCAUCGACCGCAACACCAGACUACCAUGUCGAGGAAAACGAAGAUUCACAACCUACACCGACAAUCAGCCAGGAGUUACGGUGCAAGUUUUUGAAGGUGAGCGAGCCAUGGCCAGGGACAACACCCGGUUGGGAAGUUUCGAAUUGAUGGGCAUUCCACUGGCUCCGAAAGGUGUACCGAAGAUUGAAGUAACUUUUGAGCUUGAUUUAGACGGAAUCCUUCACGUAACGGCCGAAGAGUUGAGCUCUGGGAAAGCUUGCAGCAUUCGCAUCACCAAAGACCGUCGUCAACUGUCGGAGGAUGAUAUCGCGCGUAUGCUGGAAGAGGCCGCAUUUUUCCGGGAAAUCGAUGACCGGCAGCGUUUACGGAGUUUUUCUCGUAACAAAUUGGAAGCUUUCUGUUUCCAGGUCAGAGCCAAUAUUGGGGAAGAUGGGAUCGAGCAGGAUGGGCAAAAGGCGAAAGCGCUAAAAGUUUGCGAGGAAACCUUGCAAUGGUUGGAGUCAAAUCCUUCGGCCGAGAAGGAUGAAUAUGAAAGUCAAUACAAGGCGGUGGCAGGAAUAUGUAAACCAAUUCUGAAGCAGCUCGAGGAUUCUUCAGAACGAUAAGUUUGGCGGUUUAUGUUUCUUCAGAUCCACCUCUCUAUUUUUCAACAGUAUAUGCUGCAAUAAAAUUAUAUUGAUUAGCUUUCUAUCGGUAUUUUAAAGGAUCUUACACAAAGUAUUGUAGUCUUCUGUAUGGUAAGAUUGUAGAAGAAAAGGUUCGACUUUUCAAAUUAUAUUCCUGAUUACAUUUUACAACUGAAA